AUGAAACAACUACUCAAAUUAUUUGCAAUGAACAUUAUAUUGAUAGCCAAUAUUAUCUAAAGUUUAUGGUGGAUGUUAUUAGCAUUAUAUUUCAUUAAACCAAUAAAUUACUUUGUAUUUUACUUACAAAUUGGGUGUGUCACAAUGAGGGUUUUAUAGUAAAUAUUAAUCACUAAAAAUUAUGGAUUGUUUUUAUUUGUGCAUUUAGUAUCUCUCUGUUAUUAUGUAUCAUAUAUAGAAUCCUUAUUGCUUAUGAAUAAUAAUUACUCAUUAGGCAUCUUCUCAAAUAGUUUAUUAAUUAUUGUUACAUAUAAUUCUUAUUUGAAAUUUGCAAUUUAAAAAUGGAGUUAGAUUUGUAAAUUAGGACUUCCUUUUUAUGUAAUUCUAAGACUCAUAUCAAUGAUAUUUAUUUCAUUCAGUUAUUAUUCAUUAGAGAGCUUAUUAAUUAUAAUAGUUGUUUUGGUUUAAUAUUUGUUAUAAACAGAAGAAUCAAUUUAAAGAAUUCAUGUUAAUGAUGAUAAUUGUUAAAAACUAAAAACUAAAUUAAAUGCUAAAAUCCCAGAAUUAUAAUUAAAAAGAAUAGAAGAAACAGAUUCACCAAAGCAUUAAUAAUAAUCUUUAUUAAAAUCUUUUAGUAGAGUCUCACUAAUCCAAACACCUUUAAAGAGUCAAAGCUUUUUAAUAAAUAAUCAAUAAAGUGAUUCAAAAAUGGGAUAGUUUUCUAAUUUAACAAAUCUGUCGAAAUCUUAAAAGAAUAAUAGGUAUUCUGAAAAAUCAGAUUUACAAUUACACAUAUUUUAUUAGAAUCUUAUUAAUAUAUUUCCUUAAGGAAUAUUGAUAUUAAACCAAUAUUAAUAAGUUAGUUAUAUGAAUAAUAAAUGUGAAAAACUAUUAGAAUGUUAAGGUGGGGAAUCAGUUUUAGAAAAAAUAAAGAUUUGUGUCAAUGAUGCAAAAAUGUCUGAUAAUGAAAAUGAAAUAUCUAAUUUGUUAUAAACUGCUAAAUCUAAUAAACAAAUAAAUUAAUAUACUCUUUAAAAAAUAGUUAGGAAACUUUAAAAUGAAAAAAGAAGAGUAGAUAUUUUAGAUAUACUUCUCUAUCCAUAAAAAUAUUUUGGAAUAUUAGACUAGAAAGCAGAACCAUUUUAUCAAGAGGAUUCAAAAACAGAUUUAUUAACAUUUUAAUAAUAAGCGUUUAUUUAUGAAUGGUUAAUGGAAUCUGAAUCAUAAAAAUAAAUUAAUCAAAAAAAAUUGAAAUUAAUAAUAAUUCCAACAUCAAUAACAGGUUAACAAUAAGAAUACAUAUCUCUUCCUUCAAUGAUUAAAUGUUCAAGUAAACUCAAUAUAUAAAUUAAUAAUGAUGCCGAAGUUCCAGUUUUACUUAUUAUGAUUAAAAAUAUCACUAGCAAACAUAAGUUUCAAUAAAUGAAGGAUGAAUAAAUUAUUCAUCAUAGUUUAAUCAAAUCCUUUUCACAUGAAUUAAGAACUCCAUUAAAUUCAUGUUAACAUAUGUUAAAUCUAAUAAAAUCUACAGUCUUAGAUAAUAAUGUUUAAGAAUAUAUAAACAUUGCUAAAUGUUCUAUUACAUUAUUGAUUCAUUAAAUUAAUGACAUUCUUGAUUAUGCAGCCAUUCAAUCUUUCUCAUUCUCUUAUCAUAUAACAAGAUUUACAAUAAAUUAAAUUACUCAAGAAAUUGAGAAUCUUUAUAAAAUAUAAAUGAAACAUAAAAAAAUUAAAUUUAUAAUCAAAACUUAAUAGUCUCUAAAGGAUUCUAUUAUUUGUAAUGAUAAAUAAAGAAUACUUUAAAUUUUGGUUAAUUUAUUAAAUAAUGCUGCUAAAUAUACAAAAGAAGGAGGAAAGGUUAAGUUAAGUAUUAAAUAGAAAAGUUUAUCAAAUCUUAAUAUCUAAGUAAAAGAUAAUGGAAUUGGAAUUGAAGAUGAUAAAUUAUCUUUAAUUAAAAAUAGUUUAAAUGGUAUUUUUGAAUUUGGAGCUAGAUUGAAAACACAUUAAGUUACUUAAAAAACAGGUUUAGGAUUAGAUAUUGCAGCUAAAUUAGUAGAAGGUUUAGUUGAAUCAAAUAAUAAUGAAUUAAUAAUAAGUUCUAUUAAAAAUUAGGGAACAAAAGUUUAAUUUUAAAUUUAAAAUUUUUUGACUGCAACUAAUGAUUAAUUUUAAUCUUCAAAUUUAGUAUCUUAAUUAACUGGAAGAUUUAAUUAAUCAGGUAUUUAAUACACAUUAAGUGAAAGAAAAUUUGAAGACAGAAUGCAAAUGAAAUAGAUUAAUUCAAAAUCAGAUUAAGAUAUAUAAUUUUAGGAAAAUUUUGUGUAUGAAUCAGAAUCAUCACUUAAUACACCUUAAUUAAAUGAUAUUGAGAGAUAACCUUAAAUUUCUUUACCUAUCAGUCCAGAUUAUUUCUCUCAUAAAUUUAUUUCAUCUUGUAAAAAUAUAUUACGAUUUGAUUCUAUUCUUAAAAGUAUUUAAUUAUGUGAUUAAUGUGUACAUGUUUUAAUUGUUGAUGAUAUUCCAUUUAAUUAAAUUGCACUUAAAUUGAUGCUCAAACAUUAUUAAAUUGAAGCUGAUCAAGCAUUUGAUGGAUUUUAAGCCAUAGAUAAAGUAAAGGCAAAAUUAGAAAAACAUUGUUUUACUUAUAAAUUAAUUUUUAUGGAUAUUGAAAUGCCUGGAAUUAAUGGCUUUUAAACUAGUAAAUAAGUAUAAUUUAUGUAAUAUUUAGAUUAAUGAAUUAACAUAAAGCCAAUCGACAAUAGUUAUAUGUUCAGCUUAUGAUACUUAAGAAAAUUUUAUUGAAGGAUAAAAAGUAGGUAUUUCCACAUUUCUUCCUAAACCUGUAAAAUAGGAUGAAUUAGAGGAAGUUUUGAAAACACUCUUUUAAAUUAAAAGGAAUUAUAAUUGA